AUGGCACCAAAGCACCGCGGCAAUAUGAAAUAUUAUGCUGUCGUCCGCGGACGUAUUAACGAACCUACGAUCUUUUCGUCUUGGGGAGAUACGUAUCCACGUAUAGUGGGAUAUAGCAAUCCCAAAUUGUUGGCCUUCUCUAACCUCAAAGAGGCCCGCAAAUAUAUGAAAGGCUCCGGAAUUACGGAAUACAAAAUCGAUAUAAAGGAAGGGGCCGGACAAACCGCUCCCUUGCUAGGCCAUGGUGGCUUCUAUGCUGUUGCUCAUGGUAGAGUCCCAGGUAUCUACUUGGACUGGCGUAAAGCAGAGCUACAGACCAAAAAAUUUUCCGGAGCUUAUUGUGAAAAGUUCGGAACAUAUGCUCAAGCGAAGGACUUCAUCAAAAGCUGGAACAUAGCUUGUAUUGAAAUAUACGCAAAAGAACUAUACGAGCACCUAUCCGAAGGCUCCCAUCCUCGAGAUGUGAAGUUAAAUAACUUUAAAAGACAAUUUGUGGAGCAAUAUCAGGCAUAG